AACAUUCCUUAUUUUCUCUCUCUCUCUCUCUCUCCCAUUUUCUACCUUUUUUCUCCCUUCUAUCUUCAUUCUUCCCCAAAGACGAAACGUAGCCGCCGCUCAAAGCCACCGUUGUCGCCGCCGUCUGGCCUCAGAUCCGCCGUAUUUUUACGCCGAAUUGAAGCUCCGCGUCUCCUAUUCCUUUUUAUCGGUGUAGAUUCCCUAAAAAUCAAUCCUCGGAAAGAGGCAAAACUGGAGUCUCGAGUUUCGAAGUGUCCUUAUUCCGAUCUCGGAAUCUGACCGUUGAAUCGGCCUGAGAUCGAGCUAUAUUCUUUUUCGCCUCAAGCGUUACUCGCUGACCUUUCGGAUCGGUCAAAAAAUACCCUCCUGGCCGAUUUUUAGGCACUUAACCUGUUGAAGACUGGAGUUUUAUACUGAUCUGUGUUGCUAAUUAUCUGACAAGAUUGGAGGAACCAAAUUAGCUAGCCGUAUUUGUACUUGCACCGGGAGUUUCUCUUCUACACUGGUGUCAAGUAGUAAGCCAGAAGCCACGGCAUCCUGCAAGAUUUGUUGUGGUAGACCAUUAGUUGAUGGAAUAGGGUCUGUAUCUUCAGGCAUGAUGAGCACAGUAGGCCUGGAACUCACAAGUUUUAUAGAUCCCGAUUGGACUUGGAAGACUGUUUCAAAGAGGAAUAGGAGUGCAACAAGGCGUAGUAGGAAACUGGUAGCUGAUAGCUUGACAUUUGGAAAGGGGCUAGCUGAUAAAAAUGCCAGAACACUGGAGGAUGUUACGGUUUCAGAGUCAGAGAAGGUUGGUGUGGAUGUUUUAGGACGGCGCUUUAGUGAAAAAGUAGAGAAUGUUCCAAUUAAGAAAAGGAGAUUUAUGUUCCAGUCUUCGUCACCCCCACCCCCAUCGACUCCUAAUCUGCACCUGGAAGCCUCUGCACGGCAUGUAGAUUUUCAGCCUGCUCCAGAUCAGGAUUCUGGUUCAGGUGCUGUGCAGGGGCAACAGCUCAGAAAAUCUGAUUGUUCUGCCAAGUCAUUUGUCUCUAGUAUCGAUGUUGAGAAGAUUUCAGAGGUAAUAAAUGGUGUUGAUGAUUUCUCAGGGAUUGAAAUACUUGCAGCUGCUGCUUGCAGCGAUAGCAUCUGUAAUGAUGUUACUGAAAAUGAGGGAAAUCCAUUAGUAGAAGAACCAACGCAGGAGAAAAUUCAGUCUUCUGCUUCUUCAAUUCAUUUGGAAGAAACUACUGCAUCAUUGGAGGUGGCGUGCAGCUUUCCAAAAGAAUCAGUAAAUGAAAGUAAGUCUGAGGGUUCAUCUUCCCAGGACAAUUCCUUUGCUGUUUUGCAUGAAUUUCCUAGUGACAAGGAGACAACACCAGAAAGUUCUGUUCCAUUGCCAGAUGAUAGGUUACUUUGGGAUUUAAAUGUUUCAAUGGAUGCUUGGCCUUGUGAUGGUGGGAAUGUUGAUUCUAAAAAGGAUUCUAUUGAUGAUAUUUCUGUGAGAAGUGAAGAGUUGCAGACUAAGGAACCUCAUGAUAUAAAAAAUGAUGCUACAAACGCAGUGGUUGCAUCUGAUGUUGGUGGGGGUAAUAAGAUGACUUCAGACUCAAGAACCAUGCCUGUUGGGACUGAUGAUUCGAGUACGGCGAAACAGGAAUCUCAAGGAUGCUCUGGUUAUGAUUCUCAAAAGGAUUCUUUUGAUAAUAUUUCUGUGGGAAGUGAAGAGUCGCCUACUAAAGAACCUCAAGAUGUAAAAAAUGGUACUACGAAUGAAGUGGUUUCAUUUGAUGUUGAUGGUACAACGAACGAAGUGGUUUCAUCUGAUGUUGAUGGUACUAUGAACGAAGUGGUUUCAUCUGAUGUUGAUGGGGGUAAUAGGAUGACUUCAGACAUCAGAACCGUGCCUGUUGAGACUGAUGACUUGAGUACAGAGAAACAGGAAUCUCAAGGAUGCUCUAGCUAUGAUUCUCCAAAGGAUUCUUUUGAUACUAUUUCUGUGAGAAGUGAAGAGUUGCAGGCUAAGGAACCUCAGGAUAUAAAAGAUGAUAAUACGAAUGAUGUGGUUUCACCUGAUGUUGAUGGGGGUAAUAGGAUGACUUCAGAUUUGAGAACUUUGCCUGUUGAGACUGAUGACUUGAAUGGAGAGAAACAGGACACUGAAGGAUGCUCUGGUUAUGAUUCACAAUUUGAGGAUGGGGAGUUGAGGGAAUCAGAUGUUCAAUGUUGGGAGGAAGCUGAACAGGUGGAUUAUGACACUGAAUUUGAGGAAGAAAGAUCAUUUGGCUUGGAAGCUGAGAGUGGUGAGCAGGAACUAAAGGUAGAAAGAGGAUCAAAUCCGGAACUAACUGGCAGUUUUAAAUGUUACGAAGCAGGAGAGAGUUUGAGGAAAAAUUCAGUGAGCUUGAAGAUUGGAACUGUGGAAGUUUCCGAUGGUGAGGCUAUGAAAAUUGAUUGCUUGGAUAGGUCUAAUUAUGAUCUUAGAGUAGAUUUAUCCAAGGUAUCAAAAAGGGAAAUACUUUCAUGUGUUGAAGGAUCAUUGUCCACUGAUGUUGUACAGAGAAGCAGGUUUGACAAUUUUAAUGGUUUGUAUCCUCGAGCUGAAAGAGGCUCUGGUUCUGACAGAUUUGUUGGUUGUGAUGGAUCUUCUUCACAUAUGCGUGUCAGAAGCCCAGGAGGUGCUCAUUUUUUCAAUCCUUCAGCUAAUUAUCGGGAUUCUAAGCGGCAGGAUCCAUCUAUUUAUCAUGGCCCUUACGGUUUUGGGCGCCCCAGACCGAAAAGUGCUUUUGACAACCGAGAAUAUCCCAUGGGUGCAGACCAAGCACCUUCGGAAGCUGCUGGUGUUCCAAGAACUGACCACCGUAUUACCCGGCAAUUUACGGGCUCUAACAGGUCAUUGCUUAGAAGGAGAUCACCAAUUGAAAGGGCUGAUUCUUACGGUAUGUUUCCAAGGAUGCCAAACGUAAGAGAUACUAGUCCUGAUCGGAACAGGUUUAGAAGAUAUCCGCAAGGAGUUAGUAGAGGCAUCAGAGAUCAAUAUCUCAGGCAUAUUCCUGAUGACAGCUCACGGUACGAGAGUCGCAUGCCACAUUGUAUAGACAGGAGAGAAAGAAGCAUUUCCCCCCACGGCGGAAGACCUCACCAUACUGUACCUUACAAGAGAGUUCGAUCAAGAUCAAGGAGCCGCUCUCCCAUUGAUUGGUUAUUGCACAGGGAUCGAAAUGAGGGUUCAAGACGUCGCAACAGGUCACCCGAUUUUAGGUCUGAUGCUAGAAUAGAUAGGGUGAGGCUGCCAUUUGCAAAGCGAUUUGCUGCAGGUUACGGAGAGUUCAUGUCCUCACCACGAAGUCGUGUUUCACCACAACGAAAUUCCAAGAUCUUUGAGGAUCGUAGUAAUCCUGGUUUAGACCAUUUUAGGGAACGGAAAUCACACAUGAGAAUGAUUCAACAAGAUCAAAGGUUUGAUCAAGUCCGCCCCUUUCGGAGAUUAAAUUCACACGAUUACUUCAACCCCAUGAUUCGACCUAGAAGAUUUCCCGAUAGGACUACUGGUGGUAAAGGGUGUAAAUAUGAAACCAGUGAAGAUGGUAAACAUAGUAGCAGAUAUCCAAUGAUUCAUCGAGUGAGGUGUUACGAUACAGAUGGUGGAGCCCGUCGGUUUCGUUAUAACGAAGAAGAUUCAUACAUGGCUAAGAACUCUUCAACCGUGACUAAUUCAACUGGGGUCUCAUCUAGACGCCCCGAUGAUGCUGAUGCACCUAGGACAGCCAGUGAUGAUAGGUGAAUUUAAGAUUAUAUGCACAACUGUGACAGGAUUUGGCUGGAAAAAAGGGAGAUGUGAAACCUUGUAAGAGGUAAUAUCUCUUUUCUCUUUUACCCAAUCAUAUAUGCUUGUAUUUGGCCUGGCUGGUGGGAGAUUUUUGUUUUUAUUUUUUUUUCACCUUCUUUUUUACCAAUUCCAUUUACAGGGCAGCAUGCCAUCUAAAUUCCCUCUCCUUAUUUUUUUUUCUUUUUAGUUUGUAGUUUCACUUUGCAUAGAAUUUUUUUUCACCUCUUUUACUUCUCUUUUCCAUAGUUAAAGUUAAAAAAGAGGUUUGUUUUUACUUUUAAUGAUUAUGCUUCUUUUUUUCUAAUACAAGAUUACAGACAAGCAUAUUAUUUACUGUUAGGUUCUUUGCACCCAUAGGGAAAAAAUCAUCAUAUUUACUAUAUUAUAAAAAUGUAUUCAAAAGUACUGAGAAAAGAUGCAUUUUUAAGCCAUGGAAGUAUAUUGAUGGUAUGUUUUGCAAAGAUUGUUUACAGUGGCAUAGUAGGAGAUGAUUAGUUUAUCUGUUGAUUGAUCAAAUUGUCAUUAAGUCGUGGUUUCCGGAGCCAGACGGGUUUCUUGUUUAACUGGUCCAGUUCGAUUGAAUUAAUCAUUAAAAAAUAUUAAAAAGAGAACACCGGUUUAACUGUCUGAGCCCCUUGUUUUGAAAACAGUGCAUUAAGUUUAGCUUUUUUGCAAGGUGGCUUGAAAAAAUCAAUCGCAUUGUGAUUGUUGAUGUCAGUGAUGAUUGAACCGGACAGGAUCGGUCAGUCGGGUCAUGAAUUGGCUGGAUAUUAGACCGGUUGAACAGGGAAUCUAUAUUUAUUCUUUUAUGAAUUUUUAAUUGGUCUGGUAAAUAGGUGGUCUGAUUUAAAACAUUGAAGGAUGCAGCCAUGUAUUACCAAUAUAUAUGAAGAGUGUAUAUCAACAGUAGGUUUGGCCCAGUGACUAAAAGCUAGAAUAUAUACAUGAAAUGAAAUGGUUAAGACACAAGAGUAGAAUAGAUAGCCUCGUAAACAGGGGAAAAUAGCUUGAAGAAAAAAAUGGAUGGAUGCCUUUGCAAUUAAAAAAUCUUUAAUAAUUUGAUUCACUGUGGCCCCACUUUUGUGCAUUGAACAUUUAUUAAUCUAUAUAUAUAUAUGUUCAGAGUAGAUUAAUUUCCUCUAAAAGAAAAAUGAUAAGAGAGAGGAAGACAUUCAACACACAGUGAGGAGAAGCUGGAACCCAUGGAGGAUAUAUUAUACUUUUGUGGACAUCACCAUCGACUGUUUAUUUAAAUUGAGUUUCACUUUCAUUUCUUUGUGGGUGAAGUGUAAAGUCUUAAUUUCUUUUAUGGUUGAUGUGAUUUUUUUAUUCAUAAAAA